AUCUAGACUGCGAACAGUACAGCCUCUCUUUCCCUCGAAAAUCCGUGGGGAAGAACGCAAAACAAGUAAUUGUGCUCCACCGAUUUUCGAGGGAAAGAGAGACUGCUCGCGAUCAACAGACUAGGGCGACUGACUUGUGCCAAGGCCCCCUCGUCUAAAAGAGACACAGGCAGCUCUGGGGAUGAGAAAACCACAGCCGCGCGCCAUCUUGGUUGGAAGUGGUUGAAAGCAGUCCAAAGCAGAUUACUCUUCUUUACCAAUGAAAACACAGGAUUAAAAAACAUUGCAUCGAUAGUUAACAAACAUGUUUGGCUCAGCAGGCACAGCUUUCAGUGGCACGUCAGGUUUUGGAACAUUUGGCUCAACCUCUACCACUACAAAUACUCUAGGACUUGGAAAUUCUGACAACCCAAUGAAGGAUUUAGAGGUCCAAGCGCCUCCAGAUGACACAGUCAGCGCCAUGAAAUUCAGUCCAAAAGCAGACUUCCUUAUCGCUUCAUCUUGGGCCAAUGAUAUUCGAUGUUGGGAAGUCAAAGAAAAUGGGCAGACUAUUCCAAAGGCUCAACAGUCUCAUACAGGACCCAUCUUGGAUUGUUGCUGGCAUGAUGAUGGAACAAAGGUUUUUACAGCAUCCACUGACAAACAGUGUAAGAUGUGGGAUCUUAAUUCCAAUCAGGCUAUUCAGGUGGCACAGCAUGACAAAGCAGUCAAAACUUGUCACUGGGUUCAAGCACCAAACUACAGCUGUCUGAUGACUGGAAGCUGGGACCAGACACUGAAGUUCUGGGACACACGGUCACCUAACCCCAUGCUCGUUUUACAAAUUCCAGAGAGGGUGUACUGUGCAGACGUGGUGUACCCCAUGGCCAUUGUUGGAACUGCACAGAGGGGAAUAAUAUGUUAUCAGUUGGAGAAUCAACCAUCAGAAUACAAGAGGAUCGAGUCACCAUUGAAAUACCAGAAUCGCUGUGUGAGUAUUUUCCGAGAUCCAAAGAAAAACAAUAAUCCGGUGGGGUUUGCUCUUGGUUCUGUGGAGGGAAGAGUUGCAAUCCAAUUCAUUCAGCCACAAAAUCCGAAAGAUAACUUCACAUUCAAAUGUCACAGAUCAAAUGGUACUGGCACAGCUAGUAUUCAGGACAUUUUUGCAGUAAAUGACAUAGCUUUCCACCCUGUGCAUUUUUGUCUUCUGGCCACAGUUGGAUCUGAUGGAAAGUUCAGUUUCUGGGACAAGGAUGCUCGAACAAAGUUGAAAACCUCUGAGCAGCUCAAUAUGCCGAUAACGGCCUGUUGUUUCAAUUCAAAAGGAAACAUUUUUGCGUACACCUCAAGUUACGACUGGUCCAAGGGUCACGAAUUCUACAACCCUCAAAUCAAGCCCAAGAUGUUUCUGAGAAAUUGCCUUGAAGAACUGAAGCCCAGGAAAAAGUAACCCACUGCCGCGGAAGAUCAUUCAUUUAAAAACACCGAAACGUCUCUGAAGUCCAAGAUUGGAGAGCCUGCGAUUUUACCAGCUAGCGGAAUAAGUUGAUACGCAGGAAUGUCCAGCACAGACUUCCGACAUUUUGCUUUUUCAGCGGUGGAAUCGUCGUGAAGAAUUAAAAAGGCUUCAGAGGUUUCCUUUCCGUUUAAAAGACUGCCCUGUUAAGAGACUAACAGGAACAUCAAGGCUGGGUUGUUCAAAGCCGAUUAAGCUCACCCAGGAUAAGCGGGAAUUUUGAUUUCAGUUUUCUAACUUUUCGGAGAGGUUUUCUUUUUAUAUUGUUUGUCCUUCAGUUUUGAGUUUGAAUAAUUUUAAACUACACUAAACCUAAGCAAUGAAAAACAUUAUUAUACAAGCAAAGUUAACACUCGGUUAACCUCUAAUCCUGGGUUAGCGUUAACCGGCUUUCGAACAAUCCAGUGCGAGUUGGUUAAGCUAGUUCAGAUUCCUUUGGACGUCAGUGCAGUCUCAGUAACGUAACAUAAAGAACAUUAUGUUGUAUUAGUUUUGUUUUUGCGAUGUACGUCACGUCUUUCAGGUAGAAGGAAAGUCUACUAAGGAAAAAUGAACACUUAAGAGGUAAUAUAGAUAAAAGAAAAAGCAAAAAUGGCUAAGAUUGGUGGAGACUCGGACGGAUUUAAACAACUGUUUUUAAAGAAUCUGGCAUUUUGUUUUUUUUCUCAAGUUACGCCACCCGUGUCGACUAGCUAAUUUGAAAGUACAGAUAUUUAACAAUGGUGUAAUAAAGCAAACAGACAGACGAGCAACAGACCUCGCUAGCGCCUUGCACUCCUUUCCAGUCCUUGCAGACUGUCAUUUGUUUAGCUCUGAUGAACAAUUCGUUGGGAAUAUGCCGUGUUACGUGCAAAUAGCGUAGUGUUACUAAAGACGUUUAACAGUCAAUAAAUGAACGUUAUAGGUCUCUGAACACAAUUAACGACCGCAAAACAAGCUCUACAAGUGCAGGCUUACAGUGAAAAGAAAUUCUUAUUAGUUUGUUUUUUUAUAGAACAAAACACAAUUCCCUAUAUGACUACAUUCGGCUGGGGGAGAUACUUGGGAGUUUAAGCAAAUCAGGACAGCGAUGGCAACGAAGGACGUCACCAAACAAACGGUUAAAUGAGUAGACCAAUAGUUCUGCACGUGCGUUUCAAAUCUUGGUACAUUUCUUACCCGUUAUCUGCAAAGCAACUAGGUGAAAUGACCGAGUUCUACGUAUUUUGGAGAACGCGAACCGCACUUGCUUAUUUUUCGUAUCUUCCUUUGGAAUUGAACGCUGUCAUUGCAUAUUUAGCCUGAGCAAGUUUUUAGACCGGUAGGCAUACUGAAAAGAUCUACUGACACAGUUGAAACAUUUGAAGGUAAGGUGUAAAUCCAUUUUUUACAAGGCGUCGCCGUCGUCAUUGCUAAAACUCCUUACUCUCGGUGGGGGAUUGAAAUUUAAGGAAAUUUAACGGUGUCUUGAAGAAGUCAUAAUUAAAUUUAGAUCAUUUUAAGACAAGUAUAUUGUGAAUAUACGAUACCGUCCGCAGUUAGAAAGUUUCACCGGGCGGUUUUUCAUUGUGUAUCUUCUAUGAUGCCUAAAAUUUAAAUAUCAUUUGUUCAGACGCAAUAUCGAUCCGCAACCUCGUUAGCAGGCUUUUCCGUUACAAGUUGGGAGGGGCGGAACCGGCCCCUUCGAAUUUCUAAUCCCGUCUACAAUAUAAGCUCAUCCAUGCAAAAUUGACUUAGCGUGUGUGACUCAAUGCCCAUAGCUUUGAAGGUCUUUUUUUCGUUUCUUUUAUGGAAUUGCAACGUUUGUCAGUUUGUCUCAGUCGGUUAACCAUUAAUUGUUCAUUAACCGGUGAUUAAUCUGUCGGAAUCCCACCAUGUGGUAUGUCAAUUUAUUGGUGUGCUAUCAGUAUAAAUAACGACUUCAUAUAUACAUCAGAUUAAAUUAGACAGAACUUGGAAAAUGUAGAAUAAAAUGUUGACGAAUAACGUGA